AUGGAGGAAGAAGAAGACAAACAGAUUCUGCAGGAGAAUCCCGCAGGAGUGCAUCCCGAGGAUGCUAGAGAAGCCGUGUCACAAGGUCUGAGGGAGAAUGACCUGACCCCAAAGAGACUGAGGCUCAUCCUGGUGGGGAAAACCGGAAGUGGGAAAAGUGCAACAGGAAACAGCAUCCUUGGCAGGAAAGUGUUUGACUCUAAGCUCAGUGCUAGCCCGGUGACCAAGGCCUUCCAGAGAGGGAGCCGAGGAUGGGCUGGGAAGGAGCUUGAGGUGAUCGACACCUCUGACAUUUUGUCCCCUCGGGCCCCACCAGAAGUGGCAGCUCAGGGCGUCUGUGGAGCCAUUGCCUUCUCCUCCCCGGGGCCUCACGCAGUGCUCCUGGUGACACAGCUGGGCCGGUUCACAGAAGAGGAUCGGGAGGUAGUCAGGCGCCUCCAGGAGGUCUUCGGAGUGGACAUCCUGGCCUACACCAUCCUGGUGUUCACUCGGAAGGAAGACCUGGAUGGUGGCUCCCUGGAGGAGUAUGUGCGAGAGACCAACAACCAGUACCUUGCACAGCUGGAUGUGAUGUGUGGGCGACGCCACUGUGGCUUCAACAACAGGGCGGAGGGGGCAGAGCAGGAGGCCCAGCUGAAGGAGCUCAUGGAGGAAAUCGAAGGAGUCCUGUGGGAAAAUGAAGGCCGUUACUAUAGCAACAAGACUUACCAAUACUCCCAGCAACACAUUCUGCUCAAAGAAGUACAGGAAAGGUGAAUAAUCAAGGGACAGGGCUCUGAGGAAGUGCUCAGUGAGGAGUCCUGGACCGAGGAACUGCGCCACAUCCAGAAGGAAUCUGAGGAAACUCACAAACAUCUCCUGGAGAGGGCACCCAUUUGAGCAUAUCCUGGCCUUCGGCGAGGGACAGCUGUUUCCUGUGAGCCUCCCUCAGCCCCUGUGUCCAGCUUCCAGCCCAUCACUUGCUUUCUCCAUCCCCAUGGGCCACUGGUCAUCCCAGCCUCCAGGUCAGUGUCUGGUGUGGUGAGAGGUGCAUGGGGUCCAGAGUUCCCAGUUCACAUCCCAGGUCCAGCAUCACAUCUUCCAGAACAUGCUCUAUUCCCCUCCAGCAUGCUCUUCUCG